GUUUUCCAACUUUUCGUUUAAGAACUCCCACUCAUAUUCAAUUUCAAAAUAUGAGUUUCAUUUAAAAUUCAAUUAAAUGUAUAUUCUUUCUAGUGAAGUAUAAUAGAUGGUGAAAAUGACUUGUUCCAUUGAAUAUUGACUUAACUAACCUUUCCUUUAAUGAUUGAUAAAAUGUUGGCUCCAGAAGAAGGAUCAACAAAUCAUUCAGAAACACCCCUAGUUUCAAGUUCAAAUAAUAAUAUAAUGAGGAAAUUAUCGGGAUUUUUCAACAGAAAUCAGACAAUUUCUUCAGGAAGUGGCACAGGGUAUGUAGAAUUUGGAACAUUCUCUGAAGAAUCAAGCACUAGGACCUUAGGAACUUUUGCUGGGGUGUUCUCUCCUGUGACACUGUCUAUGUUCUCUGCUCUCAUCUUCCUGCGAAUGGGAUACAUUGUAGGGAAUGCAGGAUUGCUAGUAACAUUGGCCCAGUUUGCUAUUGCUUAUGCAAUUUUGGUCUUCACAGUAAUGUCAGUUUGUGCUAUAUCAACCAAUGGUGCAAUAGAAGGAGGUGGAGCCUAUUUUAUGAUAAGCAGGACACUGGGUCCAGAUUUUGGUGGUUCAAUUGGUACCCUAUUUUUCUUAGCUAACAUUGUGAGCAGUGCCCUAUGCAUUUCUGGGUGUGUUGAGGGCUUAGUGGAAAACUUUGGACCAUCAGGUUAUUUGAUUGGUGACCUAAUUCCAGAUGGAAGAUGGUGGGAAUUCUUGUAUUGUACUUCACUGAAUAUUUUAAAUCUAUUAAUUUGUCUUAUUGGUGCUUCAAUGUUUGCUAAAACAACAGUAUUCAUCUUGGUACUUGUCUGUGGAUGUUUAGCUAUUACUUUUUUCACAUUCUUUUAUGAUGGCUUCUUAGAGAUUCCUAUACCUGAUUCAAAUACUCUCAUCCAAAAUGCAACAGAGCAUGUAACAAGAAAUUAUACAGGCUUACAGGGUGCUACAUUGAGAAGUAACUUGUGGCCCCAGUAUGGAAGGGACUACACCUCUAAAGGGGAGCUUGUUACUUUUGCCACAGUGUUUGGGGUUUUAUUUUCUGGUGUCACUGGAAUUAUGGCUGGGGCUAAUAUGAGUGGGGAACUCAAGAAUCCCGGAAAAUCCAUACCAAGAGGAACCCUCUCGGCCGUAACCUUCACUCUGGUCGUUUACCUUUCAAUAUCCCUGUUAACAUCUGCGACAUGCACCAAAGAGUUGAUGCAGAAUGACUACCUCUUUAUGGCAGGCAUCAGUGUGUUUCCAGCUAGCGUGGCUAUGGGGCUGUUGACGGCUACAUGGUCCGCUGCACUCAGCAACGUCAUCGGAGGUUCCAGGGUGCUGGAGGCCCUGGCAAAGGACAGGGUUUUUGGCCCCUUCCUCGACUUCAUUCCGAAGGGCACCUGGAAGGGCAACCCCGUCGCCGCGGUAAUCGCCUCCGCCGUCCUCGUGCAAUUCGUCCUCCUGAUUGGCUCGCUCAACCUCAUCGCGCAGCUCAACUCCGUGCUCUUCCUCCUCAGCUACCUGGCCACCAACCUGGCCUGCCUCGGCCUCGAGCUGGCCGGAGCGCCCAACUUCCGGCCCUCCUUCAUGUACUUUUCGUGGCACACGGCGCUGGUCGGGCUGCUCGGCACGAUGGUCAUGAUGUUCGUGAUCAGCCCGAUCUAUUCGGCUUGCAGUAUUCUGCUGUGCGUGCUGCUGGUGGUUUGUCUGCAUCUGUUCAGUCCGUCGAAGGAGGCUCAGUGGGGGAGUAUAUCGCAGGCUUUGAUUUUCCACCAGGUCAGAAAAUACCUCCUUUUACUAGACUCUCGCAAAGACCAUGUGAAAUUUUGGCGGCCGCAGAUCUUGUUGCUGGUAAAUAGUCCUAGGUCAGCCUGUCCUCUCAUUGAUUUCAUAAAUGUGUUAAAGAAGGGCGGUCUAUAUGUCCUAGGUCAUAUUGAAACGGGGGAAACAUCUGAUAAUGGACCUGAUCCUACGUUGAGUCAACAGUUACAUUGGCUGAAUCUGAUUGACCACUUGAAGGUGAAAGCUUUUGUUGAACUGACUGUAGCAAAAACUGUAAGAGAAGGGCUUCGCCAUCUGAUUAGGUUGAGUGGUAUGGGGGCUAUGAAGCCAAAUACAGUAGUUUUUGGAUUUUUAGACAAUCAGGACCCUCAAGAUUUUUUGCAGAGUAAUGAUUCGGAUUAUCAAAAUCAAGAGUUUGAGAAUGACGUGUUCCCAUUGAGAAGUAAUAAUACUCUGCAACCAAUAGAGUAUGUUCAAAUGAUGAGAGAUGUGCUGAAUAUAAACAAAAACUUAUGCCUCUGCAGAAAUUUUUCCAAGUUUAGGAAAGACUCAAAAAGCGUGUCUACGAAAAAGUACAUCGACGUGUGGCCCGUCAACUUCCUCGAUCCCGGCGAGAACGACGCCUUCGACACGACGUCGCUGUUCAUGAUGCAGCUGGCGUGCAUCGUCAACAUGUCGUCAAGGUGGAGCAAGCUGCGGCUGCGCGUGUGCGUGUGCGACGAGGCGCGCACCAGCUACUUCUCGCUCGACUCGUCCGCGCAGAGCCACUCGGAUAGGCUGAGGCACAUGCUGCGGCGGCUGCGCAUAGAGGCGGAGUUGUUCCCGGUGCACGGAUGGCGGGCGGUGAUCGAGUCGCACGGAUGCGAUGACGACAGGUAUUUGAGGAGUGUAAAUACCUUGAUACUACAACAAACUGAAGAAACGGCAGUAACGUUUAUAUAUUUACCUCCUCCUCCUUCUGACAAUGGUAAAUUAGAACAAUUCUAUAAUAGCUUAGAAAUUUUAUCCAGAAAUCUACCACCAGCCAUUUUUGUUCAUGGCGUUAGUACUGUAACAUCAACUUCCUUGUAAGAUUUUUAAUUUUUCAAGUGUAUAGGUACUCAAUAUUAAAAACUUUUGAUAUCGACUCCACGGCUCAUGAUACUACAAGCCGACAAGUUUUUGUGAAAAAAUUACCGAGAAAUAUUAUGAUAGUUUAUAAACAAACAGCGGUGUUUCACUUUAAAAUGGCGACAAUUUAUUAUUUUAUAAUAGAUCAGUCGAUUUGUAUUAUAGUACUCCAUAUGACGUAAAGUGAAGCUCUUGAUAAGAUGAAAAAUAAGACCCUAAAAAUGGCAUAUUAUUAGGCAUUAUCAAUAUCAUAUCAGAACACAGUAUCGAGUUUUACCAAGAGUACCUACGUUCUUUUUAUAAAAUUGAAUGAUGUUCCAGUCCACAUCAAAUUUGCAUCGAAAAAUCUAACCCCAAAAACAGUUAUGUUUGAAACUAUUUGGUACCUAGGAACCAUGUAACUAGUGCCCUCUUUGAGAGUCAGAUAUAAAAACAAAUGCAUCUGAUGUGUUAGCUUCCAAAAAACAUCCAUACAAAAUUUCAUUCUAAUCUUGACGUAAUCUCAAAUAUUGUGUAAAAAAAAAUAUUUUUUCAGCAACUUGUAUUUCUUGUAUUUUGAAAACGGAUGCUGUUACGACGCAUUUAUUACUGAGCAAACCUAUUAUUUUGUAGUGUUCUACCUACCCUAGCAAGGGGAACAGGUUUUUUUAAACUCCCUCUGCAUAUAUUAUUUCAGUUAUUAUAUUUUUAUUUUAUGAUACCUAUCUAUCAGUAAGAACCAAACAUAAUAUUGAUAGUUUUCAAAACUUACCAACAUUCCACAAAGUAGUAUCAAUUGAUGUCCAAAUGAAACAAUAAAUACCUACUAUUUUUGUACCCAUUUUUCAUCACCAUUUACUUAAUUAUCAUUGAAAGAGAUGUGUGUGAUUCUAUCGUUAGCAAAACAAAAGAGAAUAGACUAUAACUACAUUCUCAACAUUUGCUACUUUUCACCAUAGUGUUAGUAACCUAAAUUCAAUUUACCCUGUAUUUGUUGAUCUAUUCCUUUUUACAUGUAGUAGUAUUAUUAACAUUGUAUCAAAUUCAUGUGACAUUGCCUUUUGGAAUAUCCUCUGUGAUAUAGAUUUUGUAUGUAUGUAUUAUAAUCUCAAAAAUUAUAUAUACCUAAAGAAAUAUAAAUUUUUAUAUUUUAUUUGAAUUAUAUGGAAUUGCAAAAAUGAAUAAAUGCUUUUGUUAUUCUGAA